CCGGGUUUUCGCUAUCAUGGCGAACUUGGAUGAUGAAAUUGCGAGUGCUCUCGGAGAGGAUAUCCUCAGAGCAACAGCAGAGGAAAUCAACUCCCGUUGCAGAUUGCUUGACAAUGAAAUCAAAGCGAUGAAGUCUGAAGAAACUCGCUUGAAGCACGAACAGAGCAGCACCAACGAAAGGAUUAAGGAGAACACGGAUAAGAUCAAACUCAAUAAGCAGCUUCCCUAUUUAGUUGGAAAUAUUGUUGAGAUUUUGGAACUCCAGGAGAAAGACGAAGUCGAGGAUGAUGGCGCAAAUGUGGAUUUGGACUCUCACCGAAAGGGAAAAUGUGUAGUGAUCAAGACAUCUACUCGCCAGACCAUUUUCUUGCCGGUGGUUGGUCUGGUCGACCCUGAAAAGCUUCAGCCUGGAGACCUUGUUGGGGUGAACAAGGACAGCUAUUUGAUUUUGGACACGCUUCCCGCAGAGUAUGAUUCAAGAGUAAAAGCAAUGGAGGUUGAUGAGAAGCCCACGGAAGAAUACAGCGAUAUUGGUGGACUAGACAAGCAAAUUCAAGAGUUGGUGGAGGCGCUCGUCCUGCCUCUAACACAUAAAGAACGGUUUGAAGCUAUUGGUAUUCGUCCACCAAAAGGAGUCCUACUAUACGGGCCUCCAGGAACGGGAAAGACGCUCAUGGCAAGAGCAUGUGCGGCCCAAACGAAUGCUUGCUUCUUGAAAUUGGCAGGGCCUCAGCUUGUGCAAAUGUUCAUCGGAGAUGGUGCGAAACUUGUCAGAGAUGCUUUUGCUCUGGCAAAAGAAAAGUCUGGUCCGGGGUCGAACAACUCAGGAGCUAUUAUUUUCAUUGAUGAGCUGGACGCAGUGGGCACGAAGCGCUUCGACAGUGAUAUUUCAGGAGACAGGGAAGUUCAAAGAACUAUGUUGGAGUUGCUCAAUCAAUUGGAUGGAUUCAGCAGUGAGGAUCGUAUUAAGGUGGUCGCCGCAACGAAUAGAAUUGAUAUCCUCGAUCCUGCCCUCCUCCGUUCCGGGCGUUUGGAUCGCAAAAUCGAAUUUCCACACCCCACCGAAGAGGCCAGGGCAAGGAUUCUACAGAUUCAUUCCAGGAAAAUGAAUGUUAGUGACGAUGUGAACUACGAAGAGCUAGCAAGAUGUACUGAUGAUUUCAACGGGGCACAGCUGAAGGCCGUUGCUGUGGAAGCUGGUAUGCUGGCACUCAGGAGAGGUGGAACCGAACUCAGACACGAAGACUAUGUUGAGGGUAUCGCAGUUGUGCAAGCCAAGAAGAAGACUUCCCUCAAUUACUAUGCCUAA